AUGUCUGGUUUCCAGUUAGCCACUGGUUCAAAGAUCUUUUCACGAUCCACCACCUACACGGUGCAGUCCAUCCUCGGACAGGGCUCCUACGGCACAGUCGCAAAGUGCACCGACAUGAGCGACAACACGACUGUUGCCAUAAAGACCAUGAAAAAAGAGUACCCUUUUGACUUCGCAGCAAGGAAAGAGGUGAGAAGAGCAAACUAGCCAUGCUUACUAAAAACUUGUGCAGAUUGUUUACUAUCCACAGUAUCUAAUCACUGCUCUUUAAUGUGUGUAAAUCCAAACUAAAACCUGUAUGUCAUGUGUCAUGUGUCCUCAGGUGAAUGCCCUCUUAGACCUGUCAGUGCUCGACUCGGACAAGUCCAACAUUGUCAAAUGGCACAGAGCCUUCACUGACAGAGGCCAUUUUUGUAUGGUGUUCGAGCACUUGGACAAAAGCCUCGCUGAUUUUAUGGAGGAGAGCAACUUGGAACCUCUCCUUUUGAGCGAGAUCAGACCGAUCAUCCAGCAGGUAUGAGCGAAUGAAUUUAUUUCUGCUUUUAAACGAGAACAAAUACUGAUGUUGAUGUAACAUCCUGAGCUUUGUUGUUCAAUUAAUGACCUUAAUGACUUCUUAGGUCGCCAAUGCUCUGGAUCAUUUGAAGACCAUCGGUAUGAUCCACGCAGACCUUAAGCUGGACAACGUCAUGUUUGUGGAUCAUCAACAUCAGCCCUACAGAGUCAAAGUGAUUGACUUCGGUCUUGCAGAAGAUGUGUCAGCAGCAACAGUGGGCUCAAAUAUCCAGACCCAGCCAUACAGGUAAGGAACCAGAACCACGUCUGAUAUCUCAGCUGUUUAUUGGGGGCUUGCACAUCAACACAUACUAGGUUUUUAAACAUGCCAAUUUUGAAAUAGCAAAAAUAAGAAUAUAUUUUGCAAAAGUUCAAACACUAAGGAUGUUGUGUAUACAAAAUUAAUGUUAAAUUUUUAAAUUACAAAAGUUUUAGUGUUUUUAGUGUUUUAGUGUUUUUUCAUAUAGAUAAUUUGCCCGUGGCCUUAAAAAAUGUCAUGUGGUGCGACCGUAAUUUAUCUCAAAAUUAUUAAAUUUUUUCAACGUACUUAAUAGUUUUUUACAAAUUGUCAGUAAUAUCAAGAAGAUAGAAACAAAGUGUUUGCAUUUCAUUUGAGUUUUUGUAAAUAAUGAUCUCACAUUUUAGCUCUAUAACGUCACGGUAGCUAUAUUAAAUGUAGUUGACUGACUCAUUUUUUCUUUAAAUUGCAUAAUACUGUUAAAAAUGUUUUAAAACUACCUUUCACUUAAGCAUAUUGUAUUUAAUACUAUUAAUGUUAUCACUGGUCGCACCACAUGAUAUUUUGACACUCUUAAGUUCAGAAAAUUUUCAAAUAAGACCUGAUUUUUUAAAAGUUGAAGUGACUACAUAUAUGCGAGAGACACUACAUAUAGAAAGCCUGUUUUUGUGCAUUUAAACCUUUUUUAACUUAAAAAAAUACAGCCGGACAGAAUAUUUAGGCGUCACCUCAUUGACCCACUUAUGUUUUGUUGGAGGAUUUGUUGCAUUAUUUGUAGAAUUGAUGUGUGAUAUGUCUUUGUUUGUCCUCUCAUAGAGCUCCAGAGAUUCUUUUGGGGCUUCCCUAUACAGAGGCCAUCGACAUGUGGUCUCUUGGUAUCAUGGCUGCCUGCAUGUACCUUGGCUAUUUUCUGUAUCCUGGCCUGACUGAAUUUGAUAUGGUACUUUAAGUUUACUGUUUCUUUCUCAGAACAGAGUUUCAUGUCACUGAAAUAAUCAUCAAGAAUCAGCUUUUAAUUUGUAUUUUUUCUCUAAACUGCUCACUUUAUAACCUCUUCACAUCAAUGUGUAUUUGAUUGAAACAUAUUUUUUAAUCUUUUAAUUAAUGUAUUCUUUCAUGGAGAAUUUUUCCUCUUCACUUUGAUGUCACCAUGUAACUUCUUGUUGUGCUGCAUUUUCAGAUGAGGUUCAUUGUUGAGACUCAGGGUCCACCACCAGACAACCUGCUCAACGAGGGGCUCAAGACAUCCAACUUUUUCCAGAGUGUUAACCAGCCCGACUGUCAAUGGAAAAUUAAGGUAACUAACACUAACUCUUACCCUACACUUUAGCAGUAGCCAGUCACAUUUUUUUCUUAAAUAUGGGUGUUGAUUUGGAGGCAUUAUUGUGUCUGGUUGGCCAAGAAGGUUUCCCAGGUGUGUCAAAUUUAAACAGUUUUGUUUUUUACCAAGUAUUAGUUUUCUGGGAUAUAGCUCACCUGAAGAAAGGAUAAACCGUUCAACUGAUUUAUGCAAGUUGCUAGAACAUGCUUCAGUCAUUUUUAGGUUUUCUUUAUGCAAUGUCACUGAAUGUAAACAAAUACGAUAUACUGAGCUUUUUGAAACAGUCACCACCAGGGAAGCUGGAGUGUUGUGGGACAGUCUUGUAGCCUAGCCAGAGUAAACACUGAUGAGAGGGGCCCUGAAAUUGAGAUUGAGGGCAGUUCCAGUAUAAAAAAAGGCCUUAGCUGACACAGCCCUGAAUAUCAGUGUAUUGUGACAGAUGUGCAUAAAUGAAGCUCUUUCUGUUCUUUUGCUAGUGACAGUCAUUUAAGGGCAGUAAAGCUCUGACUUUAGAUAUGACCACAUUUUAAAUACCUCAGACACCUUGAUGGGAAUUGUCCCAUACAUGUCUUGUACAAAACUAACUAGCCCUGAAUGUAGCAGCUAACAAACUCACUUUUUUUUUAGAACGAGGAGGCAUACUUCGAGGAGACAGGUGUCACGCCAACAGAGACCAGAAGGUUCUUCUUAAACUCUCUGGAUGAAAUUCUGAAUGUACGUACUUUUGUUUUUGUCAUUUAUUUAAAAAAAAAAUUGUUUUUGUCGGUUUUCUGGUGAUAGAAGUAACACCCCUGACUGUGAUUGUCUUUGUCCUCUCUACAGAUUCAAAGUUUAAAGUCGGACACUCUUGUAAACAAAAUUCUGGAGAUCAGGGACAGGCGGGCCUUUCUAGACCUGCUGAAGGGAAUGCUCCAGCUUGAUGCAGCCAACAGACUGACACCCCGUCAGGUGCUGGAGCAUCCCUUCAUCACCAUGAGCCACCUCACCAGAAGGUUUCCCUACACGUCUUAGUAAGUGAAAACUAAAAUUCUUCAACAUUCAGAGUUUUUAGCACCUCUUGUGGCGAGUGUUUGCAGGAAACACCUCACUUCUCCAGAACAUGUUUAUGUAAUAGAUGAUUUGUGUCUGUAUUACUUAUACCUUCUGUAAGUCACAUGACCAAUGAAUAAGUCUGAUUGAUGAUUUGUUGUCUUGCAGUGUCUUUUUAUCUUUGGAGACCAUGGCUGCCUUUAGAAACAGCAGUUCAGGCUCCAACAGUGAGAAUGCUGGGGGGUCUUCACAGCCUUCCCCCCCUAGCAAGCCUCAACCCUCCCAGCAGAACCGUUCUGCUUCUCCUGCUGGUAGCAGCUGCAACCUAGACCCGUCACGGUUGCCCAUCAACCCUCAUCCUCACACUCCUUCCUCAUCAACAAGUGGAGGCCAGAAAGGGAGAAAAAGAAAGCUUGAGGACGUUGAUGGAAGCACGGACGAGACCUGCAAGUCUCCAAAAAGAGUGAAGUCUGAGCACAGGUAGGAUAAUCUACAUCAGUCACAUUCUUAUCAACCAGUCUAAAAAACAAAUCUGAAGACUUUAGAGGUAGAUGGAAACUUUUCUGGUCUUUUUGCAUCAUAAUAAUUUAACCUUUUUGAUAAAGUUACAGUAAAACACCUGCCUGCUCGUCCACCUCCUGCAGCAGCCAGCAUGCCGCUGACAAGGCCCAGAUGAUCACUCCAAAGAGGGACCACCAUGUUCCCCCUACUCCAACUGACCUCAACACAACCCCUCAUUUGAGCUUGAGUCAGGCUAAAGUCCAGGACAGAUCAGGACUCAAAAGAAAGACAGCUCCAGAUGAGGAUGAGGAAAUGUUAGGUCAGAGAUCACAAAAAAAGAGGAGUUUGUAGAUGGUUCAGGUGAGUCGAUAUAAUCAACACACAAUAUGUAAUGCAUUUUCUAGUUUGAAACAAGAACAUACUGUCAACCACAACAACACAUGAGUUUGUUUAACAAGUCAUUGUUGACUUCCAGGUCCAGAAGAGCGGACCGAACCUGAGCAGAGUGGAGUUUAUGACUGCGAAAGUCAUUACAGCUGAACAACAACCUCCAUCUGCUGUUUUUGUAUAGUUUUUUUGUGAAGAUUUUUUGUGAAGAUCUGAUGGCCUGACGAUGUGGAUUUAAAAUAUGUUUUAAUUUUUGAUGUUAAAAGAAACCUGCGUUCAGCUAGACAGGAGUUGUGUCCAGCUGAGAAACAGUUUUCACUGUGAUUGAACUUUGGUAUGUUCCUGAACUCUCUGGAUGAACUUCUGAAUUUACGUACUUUUGUUUUUGUCAUUUAUUUGAAAUGUUUUCAAUUUUUGUUGGUUUUCUGGUGAUAAAAGUAACACCACUGACUGUGGUUGUCUUUGUCCUCUCUACAGAUUCGAAGUUUAAAGUCUGACACUCCUGCAGACAGAGUUUUGGAGAUCUGAGCCAAGAUGAUGAAGAUGAGCAGCAUCACUUCAUCAGCAUGAGCCAUCUCACCAGCAGGCUGCCCAACAUGUAUAAGUAAGUGAAGAUUAAAAGUCUUCAUCAUUCAGAGUAAUUACCUCACUCCUCGACCACAUGUUUCUACAAUAGAUGAUUUGUGUCUGUAUUACUUAUACCUUCUGUAAGUCACAUGACCAAUAAAGAAGCCUGAUUGAUGAUUUGUUGUCUUGCAGUGUCUUUUCAUCUUUGGAGACCAUGGCCGCCUUUAGAAACAACAGUCCAGGCUCCAACAGUGAGAAUGCUGGGGGGUCUUCACAGCCUUCUCCCCCCAGCAAACCUCAACCCUCCCAACAGAACCGUUCUGCUUCACCUCACCAUCAACAAGUGGAGGCAUGACAAGGAGAAGAAGAAAGCUUGAGGACGUCGAUGGACGCACAGACGAGCGCUGCAAUUGUCCUAAAAUAGUGAAGUCUGGGCACAGGUAGGAUAAUCUACAUCAGUCACAUUGUUAAUAACCAGUUGACAAAACAAAUCUAAAGACUUUAAAAGUUGAAUGACAUUUUUUUGGUCUUUCUGCUUCAUAAUGAUUCAACCUUUUUUUCUUUUUUUUUAUCAAAUGACAGUGAAACACCUGCAUGCCUGUCAACCUCCUGCAGCAGCCAGCAUGCAGCUGAUGACGCUCGGACGAUCACUCCUGUGAGGGACCACCCUGUUUAUCCUCCCGGGCGGAUCACGGACACUCAAGAGAGGAGGAAGAAGAGAUCCAGAUAA